GCCGCAGAGACGCGUUUCAAGCACUCGCGCUCACUCACAAUGGCGAGAUAGUCGCGAGAACGAGGAUGCAGCCGCACUUUAGACAGCAGACCGUUAAUUUCCCCUGACUUAUCAACGAUUCAAGCUCGAAACGACGGAAAUACCUUCACGAAUCCGAUCAUGGCUCGCAUGGAGCGGAUAGCUGGCGAUUAGAUGGCAGUGGCUGGUGAUAUAUGCGGACUGGAGCGCUGCAACGUACACAUCGGCAGUGAACGGUGAUCAGCGGCGAUCAUGCUCGGACCCAAACCCAGUGUUCUGGACGGGACUGCAGCAGCGGCUGGCGUUUAAAAUAAAACGAAGGCGUAAAGAAAUAAAAGCCCUGACUGAUCCGGAGGUUUGAGUAGAAGCUGAAAUGGCAGGCAGAAGUCGCAGAUCGUGGUUCAGUGUGUUGCUGGGUCUGGUAGUUGGGUUCACACUGGCGUCCAGGCUCAUCCUGCCCCGGGCCACUGAGCUGAAGAAAGCGGGUCACAAGCGGCGGGCGAGCGGUGGCACGGGCGGCUGCGGAGGUGGAGGAGGGAUGAUGAUGAUGAUGAAGAAGGAGUAUGGAGGGGUGCUGAUGCCCAACACGGAGAAGCCCGUGGUGCCCCAGUCCAACAGUUUCCUGUUCGUGGGCGUCAUGACCGCGCAGAAGUACCUGAACAACCGCGCCGUGGCAGCUUAUAGGACCUGGGCCAAGUCUGUUCCCGGCAAAGUGGAGUUUUUCUCCAGCGAGGGUUCUGACACGACGAUCCCAAUCCCCAUUGUGGCUCUGCAGAACGUGGACGACUCGUACCCUCCUCAGAAAAAGUCCUUCAUGAUGCUCAAGUACAUGCAUGACCACUACCUGGACCAGUUCGAGUGGUUCAUGCGAGCCGACGACGACGUCUACAUCAAAAGUGAGAAGCUGGAGAGCUUUCUGAGGAGUCUGAACAGCAGCGAAGCCAUCUUUCUUGGCCAGACGGGCAUGGGCGCCCGCGACGAACUGGGCAAGCUGGCCUUGGAACCGGGGGAGAACUUCUGCAUGGGCGGCCCUGGCGUCAUCAUGAGCCGUGAGGUGCUGCGCAGGAUGGUGCCCCACAUCCGCCAGUGCCUGCAGGAGAUGUACACCACCCAUGAGGACGUGGAGGUGGGCCGCUGCGUGCGCCGCUUCGCCGGGGUGCAGUGCGUCUGGUCCUAUGAGAUGCAGCAGCUGUUCUAUGAGAAUUACGAGCCAAACAAGAAGGGCUACAUCCGUGAUCUCCACAACAGCAAGAUCCACCGGGCCAUAACCCUUCACCCCAACAAGAAUCCUCCAUAUCAGUAUCGCCUGCACAGCUACAUAUUGAGCCGAAAGAUCGCUGAGCUGCGCCACCGCACCAUCCAGCUUCACCGCGAGAUUGUGCAGAUGAGCCGCUACUGCAACACUGAGGUGCACAAGGAAGACCUCCAAUUGGGCAUGCCUCCUUCGUUCAUGCGCUUUCAUCCCCACCAACGUGAGGAGGUGCUAGAAUGGGAGUUCCUCACGGGCAAGUACAUUUUCUCGUCCUCGGACGGACAGCCUCCACGUCGAGGCAUUGACUCCUCACAGAAGAUGGCGCUGGACGACAUCAUCAUGCAGGUAAUGGAGAUGAUUAACGCCAAUGCCAAGACCCGAGGUAGAGUCAUCGACUUCAAAGAGAUCCAGUAUGGAUACCGAAGGGUUAACCCCAUGUACGGGGCAGAGUACGUACUGGAUUUGCUGCUGCUGUACAAGAAGCACAAGGGGAAGACCAUGACGGUACCCGUGAGGAGGCAUGCUUAUCUUCAGCAGACCUUCAGCAAAAUUCAGUUCCUGGAAGAUGAGGAGAUGGAUGCCCGAGUGCUGGCUGCUAGGAUCAACCAGGACUCAGACUCGCUGUCCUUCUUGUCCAACUCUCUCAAGAUGCUUGUCCCUUUCAAGCUGAGCGGCCCAGGCGUCGAACAGCACGAACCCAAAGAGAAGAAGAUCAACAUCCUUGUGCCGCUGGCGGGACGCUACGAAAUCUUUGUGCGCUUCAUGGCCAACUUUGAGAAGAUCUGUCUCAUUCCCAACCAGAACGUCAAGUUGCUGAUUCUUCUUUUCAGCACAGACAACAACACAGAGCGCAUUAAGCAGAUUGAGCUCAUGAGAGAGUAUCGUAUGAAGUAUCCAAAAGCCGAUAUGGAGAUCAAGCCGGUUUCUGGCCCUUUCUCCCGUGCUCUGGCCCUGGAGGUCGGCUCGGCCCACUUUACCAAUGAUUCCUUACUCUUCUACUGUGACGUGGACUUACUGUUUACUCCCGACUUCUUGACCAGAUGUCGUGGGAACACCAUACUUGGGGAACAGACGUACUUUCCCAUCAUCUUUAGCCAGUACGACCCAAAGGUUGUCUACGCGGGCAAGGUGCCCAGUGACAACCACUACGUGUUCACAUCCAAAACGGGCUUGUGGAGACACUACGGUUUUGGGAUCGUCUGUGUCUACAAAGGAGACUUGGUCAAAGCAGGUGGCUUUGACGUCUCAAUCCAAGGUUGGGGACUGGAGGACGUGGACCUCUUUAACAAAUUCAUCCAGUCCGGGAUCAAGCUGUUCCGCAGCACGGACACUGGCAUCGUGCAUGUCCACCACCCCGUGGUUUGCGACCCCAACCUAGAUCCCAAGCAGUACAAAAUGUGCCUGGGCUCCAAAGCAUCCUCGCACGGCUCCACGCAGCAACUUGCCGAGCUGUGGUUGGAGAAGAACAACCACGGCUUCCAAAAGAUCUCAAACUCUAAUAACGAAUCAAUGAGGACAGAAUAGACCCUGCAAGCGCACACCCAUCUGUCUUCCUCUUUAUGGUGUUUUUUAACUACCUUAUUUAUUUUUUACAGAAAAGACUUCUGUGGAUAUAUUUUGAAAUAACUUGUUUUGUAAACUGUACAGGAGCAGGAAGACACCUUCAGACUCGAUCUUUUUUUUAGCAGCAUUACCGAUUGUUAAAAUAAGGAACACUGACGUAAGAGGAGCAACAACGAGAGAUCUAUUUUACGAAUUUAAUACUGAGCAUUAUAUUUAUGGCACCUCACGGACAGACUGCUGUGUACCUCACCGGAAAAUGUGUCGCAAUGGAGUUGAAGAAGGAGUUUGGUCAUGGACAUGUGGUGUCUGGCGAAUGGUAAAUGUUUAUUUGUGAAUGUUUACAGAGAGCUUUGAACAAGUGAUUGAUACUUGGGAAAGGGGAUCUAUAAAAUAACAAUCUUAAUUGUGACAAUUAAGGGCCAUUGAUCAAAAGUUUCAUUUUUUUUCUUUUUCGUUUAUUUUUUUCAGUUUAUUUGUCUGGGGGGGAUCCAUAAUAUCACUGUUUUGUUUCCAUUGAUUUUGAUUUAUUUUAUUGACUUCUGUGAAUGAAACUGCUGGAUGUAGAUCUUUCCAACUCAUUCCCACUGUCUAAUUUAUUGAACGUUCAGUCUCGUAUGAUAUCGGACUGAGGUUGUGUACAUUUAGAGAUUGUAUAACCGUCUGUCAUGGAUAGUGUUUUCGUUCCUGUACGUUUUCCUCUCUCUAUCUCGAAUUACUUUGAUUACCAAAGACUUUUUUUGCACAGUUGCUGUAGGUGAUAAUUGUUUCGAGCGUGCUUGUGUAUGUGUGUUUGCGUGUAUGUGUCUGUCCGAACACAAGGAGGUGGAGCAGGAAAAACACAUGAAUUGUACUAUAGGAUGCAGGUACCAAUGACCAGAUUUCUAUUCUGCACAGCUCUAUGAAAGUAUGUCGACAACAAGCCACUUAACAAAAAUGAUGGAAACUCUUUUCUCAUUUAAUUUGAUCCGAGUUUGUUUGCUCCUGUUCGUUAUUUAAUUUUUUUUAUACAGUUGCAUACAGGCCAUUCUCUUGUGAUCGAGCCAUGCACUCCACAGGGAAAUCGGCCUAAACCGCCGCCUCGCCUUCUGAUGUGAGGACCAAUCUCCCACAGUAGUCGUUUCAAAUUUUUUCUUCUUCUUUGGGGAGUUUUCAUACUUCAGUUCUCUGUUAGCCUCCAUACAACUGGGACAAAUGUUUUAUAUUUAAUAAAAUGUUUAUCAAAA